GGCUAAAACUGGCUGGCAGGGCAACACUCUCAACUUUCUGUUCCAGGCUUUGAAGCGUUCCAAAACUUUUUAAUUGACUUGGAGUGGAGGGGACAGAGAGAGAAAGGAGAGGAACAAGAGGAAGAAGACAAAGAUAAAGUACAACUAAAACCUUAGACUUCCACAGGAACAGGGGAACAGGUGGGCCAAGCUGAAAUAAGCGGUGUCUUGAAGCUGGAGGCAGGGGUCAUGGAUAUCAGGAUGCAACGAGAGGAGGCAUCAGCUCAGGAAGUAUUCAGCUAUGCCCAGAUGUCCACCCUGGAGCGAAACAGUGGGGUAGGAACGCUGAGUCGGCAUCUGGAGCAGGAGAGGUUGGAGAGAGACAGCUACACAGUGGAUGUCAGGGCCAGUGACCUGCAGUUGGAUCAGCCUGGGCCAUUACAUCCCUGCUUUAGCUACAGAGUCUGGCUUUACAGCAUCGUUAUAGGGAGCAGCUUGCUAAUAGUGGCAGCUUUCUCCCUCUACAUGGGUAAUGUGUUUCCAGAUGCAAUGGACUACCUGCGUUGUACUGCUGGAUCUAGUAUACCAGCUGCAGUGGUGAGCUUCACUAUUGCCAAGAAUAAACAAGUUGCAGUCUCUGACUUUCAAAUGGUGUAUGUGUCGUCCUUUGCAGUGACAACCACGUGUCUGGUGUGGUUCGGUUGUAGACUCGCCAUUAGUCCCUCAGCCAUCAAUAUUAACUUUAACCUGCUCCUGCUUAUUGUGCUGGAAGUGCUCAUGGCCAGUACUGUUAUCCUGUCAGCACGCUCAGCGGACGACUGGUGUGUUGGUGUGUGUCCAGUGUCUGUGGUUGUGACCCCAGCUUCGUUCCCUACUCGUCUUCUCAAGGCUUACGCCGUAAUUGAGGUUAUAUUGGGCAUCUCCACUGUAUUUGGAGGAAUUAUUGCUCUCAAUUUGGGUGCUCUCCUCCCAGAGCCAUAUCUUUCUGUCACUUUCUUCUGGAUUCUAGUAGCUUGUUUCCCCAGUGCCAUUGCCAGCCAUGUGGUGGCAGAAUAUCCCAGCAAGAGUCUGGUGGAAAUGCUGAUUGCUAUAAGUAGUGUGACCUCACCACUGCUUUUCUCAGCUUCUGGAUUUUUGUCCAACAGCGUGAUUAAUUUUAUUGAGAUCUUUCUGCAUGAUGUGCCAUUAGCAAAGCAGUUGAAUGACAUACUGCUGCUUGUCCUGAUGGGGCUGCUGCUGGUGCAAGCGGUGCUGACAUUAGCCACCAUAGUAAAGUGUGCUUCCUACAAGAGCCAGCUCCGCACAGGAGCUACUGAAUGGGACACACUACACAAAAAGUACUCUGAGCAACAAACAUCAAAUGGCACACUAAGGGAUUUUGACAGAGAGAAGACAUGGAAAGCAGUGGUUGUCCAGAUGGCCCAGUGACCAAAGAUACAGGCACCGGAAGCAAAAAACAGUGAGAAUAAAAGUGAAGGUACAAAUAUGGUGGAUGAUAAUGUCAGUUGGAAGAGACUCAUCUUGUUUUUUGGGUAUGAAAUUUACAGUUCUGACUGUCAUAGUUGUCAGCUGACCUGUCAUUUAUGAACUAUGUUCAAAAGUUUGGGGUUAAAACAUUUUAUUUUUGUAAGAAAUAAAUACUU